UAUCCGGUCAAAAACUAGAACGCUUCACCAACCUUUGAGAAAAACUUCAGUUCGUUUUCUACUUUGUGAAAGAUGACACACUAUACAAUAAACGAGGUGACAUCAGAAAAAUCCGAUGUAACAUUUCGUGGAAUACCUUAUGCUGACGCCGAUAGAACCGGACAUUGGAGUAUAUGGGCGAUAUCAUUACUCUUUCAAGCGAACAGAGCCGUUAGUAUGACGAAUUCCUUUAUGCAUAUGAACAAAUUGCUCAUGAAAAACGUCGGGCAUGUAAUAACAAAACAGAUAUUAGACAUCAACCCAUUGCUUUAUAGAUACACAUACAAGACAUCUAUCAAGUUGAGAUUUAAAAUGGAAAUGAAGGAGAUCGGAAACUCUUCCAUCAUCUUCAGAACUGGUCUAUACGACGGAGAGACCGGUUUAAAACUUGGUCAGAAUGUACUUAAGUUUGUGCAGAUCAACACAGAGACCAGGAAGUCAUUGCCAUUUCCAGACUGGUUUCAAACAAGUUUGUCUCACUUGAAAAUGACCGGGAAUUCAAAGUAUACCAGCCUGAACAGAGCCACCCUUCCUGAAACACCUAAAAACUGUUUCCGAUGGAAAGUUAUUGUUCGUUACAGUGAUCUCGAUAAAAACAUGCAUUCUAAUCAAGCCACUUACUUGAAACUUUUCAUGGACUGUGCUACUAAAGCAUCCACAUCAGGAUAUUAUCGCCAUUUUAAAACUGAUAUGUGCUGGUUUAAUGUGGAACAUGUCUCUAUUAAUUAUAUCGGUGAAAGUUUUGUGGAUGACGAACUUGAGGUUCAUACCUGGCAAGAUAAUUUGGAAGAUUGUAAAAUAUUCUUUUCGUGUUGUAAAGACAAAAAACGGAUUACCUUCGCAGAGUUUAGAUAUGGUUUAGAAAGAACUAAGCUUCUUUCAUCUCCAAAGUUAUAGCUUCAUGCAUCAAUAAACACACAACUAUAUGUAAUUGGAUACUUCUUAUAUACUAUUCAUUGAAUAUAUUGGAUUAUAAUCAGUUCAAUCUAACUGAUAAUAAUAUGUUUAGUGCUCAGUCAAGAAUUAAGUUCUGCCAUGCAAUUUAUGCACAUUUGUAUGUAAUACUAUAAUUCAUAUAAAUAUAACAAUGUAUAAUGAGAGAUAAUAUAUUUUUACUUUACUUACAUGUACCUCUGAUAAGUUACAAUGCAAACAUGAUAUGUUGUGUGCACAACUGUGACGAGAAACAGAGAUACUUGAAAAAAAGUGUUUUUUUAAAACAAUUGAAAAUACUCAGGGUUUAUCAUGUUUAUAAAUCAAGAUGAGAGAUUAAUUAAAAUUUAUGAAUACUAACCUGUGUCUACUUAUUCUAAUAUAUAUGAUAUAUAUGCAAAUUCCUUUAUCAUGUUUAUUGAAUGUAUUGACCUCAAGGUUUUUUCUGUGCAACAAUGACAUGGUAAAUAUGCAAGCAGCAUGAUAUUGGAAGAAAUUUAAAAAAAGGUUGAAGUACUACAUUUGUAGUACAUGUAUUUCCCGAGACUAGAGUAUAUAUAUAUAUCAAAAUAUUAUUGC